UUGUUUCUCCUGCAAACCUGUGGAUCAAACUGAUUUUUGAAACCUCAUAAAUGUGCCCAGAGGGCUUCUCCUCAGGUUAUUUUUUGCUUGAAGUUGCCUCUUUUCUGUGUCACUAAACUGGUCUAAUAUGUCUACUGACCUGAGCCCCUUUCUCUCUCUCUCUCUUUCUCUCUCUGUCCCUUUGGCAGGUGUAGAUGCUCCAGGCGCAGCGGGGCCCGGCCUCUGUGUCAGAGAGGGACGAGGCUGCUCUCACCUGGGCAACAGCGCUCCUCUGAAACCCGGCCCUCAGUCUCUCUCACGGCUCUAACGGCUCAGAUCAGAAAACAGGACAACACAGAGGCCAUUUUGUGGGGUGAAGCAGAGACAGAGGAGUGAUAGUCACAGUGCGGAUAUUGUAGUCUGCUCACUGCCCUCUGAACUCCACUGCCAUGACGACUGCAGUCCAGCCCAGCGAACUGGUGUUUGAAUUUGCCAGCAAUGGGAUGGACGAAAUCAAUCAGCUGGACGAUCCGUCAGUAUUCCCAGCGGUGAUUGUCGAGCAGGUGCCUACCACCGAUCUUUUGCAGGUCUACUCGGGUCUGGAGUCAGACGAGGUGACUAAUGGCAUCAUGGUGGAGCCAUCCAUGUUGGCAGGCGGAGUGGACCUCUCAGAAACAACAGUUUCAGGUGCAGAGGACACCAUGGAGACAAAUGAGGCGGCAGCAGCUCUUCUUAAUAUGGAAUCACCAAACAAUAUAUUGGAUGAGAAGCGAAUGAUUCACACGUACAGCACUCUGCUGGAGUCUGACCUUACCUAUGCCCCCCUGAGGCCUGACCAAAUGGACAACGUUGCCCUUGAUGUGUCCCUGGAUGAGGACACUUCAUCCAUGGAUGAGAUCCCUCCAAAGUGUCCCAUAAAACCUCAGAAAAAAACCAAAGUGCGAAAGCCGCGAACGGUGCGUCCCUGCUCUCCCAUCACCGCCCCUAAUCUGCCACUCAGGAAGAAGAGCAAAGAGGGCAAAGGCAACACCAUCUACCUGUGGGAAUUCCUUCUGGCUUUACUGCAGGAUAAAAACACCUGUCCCAAAUACAUCAAGUGGACACAACGGGAGAAAGGAAUCUUUAAGCUGGUGGACUCCAAAGCUGUUUCAAAGCUGUGGGGCAAACACAAGAACAAGCCCGACAUGAACUAUGAGACCAUGGGGAGGGCUCUCAGGUACUACUAUCAGAGAGGUAUCCUGGCAAAAGUGGAGGGGCAGCGGCUGGUCUAUCAGUUUAAGGAGAUGCCGACCGACCUGGUGGUGAUCGAGGAUGAAGACACGGGCUCUGAUUCAAAUUCUGUCUAUGGGAAUCAGAGAUCUGCCAAUGGGCGGUCUGUGGUUCGCGGAGGGGCCAAAGGGCACGGAAGAGUUCACGGUCAGCACCAACUGUCAAUGAAACAGAUGAAGAAAGAGUCCAGCGAUGAAUGUUUUUACCACGAGGUCAAUGGUGAACAGGCGGAACAGCUACUUCAAAUGCUGCAAGACAACCAAGGAUUGAGCAUGCACGAUACAGCACCAGCUGUGAGGACCAUCAGCUCUCCGACGUCUGUUCCGAUGGUGCUGACGUCCUCUGGCUCUCUACAAUCUGUUCCUCUGACUGUUCUGUCCAACGGGGAUUCGAGCCCCUCCUCCCCUCCCCGGGUUAUUCUCCACACCAUGCCCUCCACCACGCCAGGCGGUAAAGACGUGCUCACCAUCCAGACGGCCUCGCUGGCAGCUGGGGCCGGCGGCCUGCAGGACGGCCACCCGCAGCAGCUUCUGGUCACCAGCCUGGGCUCCUGCGCCAUUUCCUCCUCGGCCUCCUCCUGCACUCCCCCCCCGGGAGCCAUCAGUUCCGCCGCCUCCGGCUUCAACGGCCUCCCCCGCCUCGUCACCAUCAACACCAGCGGCGGGCCGACCAUGGUGGCGCAGCAGCCGGGCACCGUGAUCGCCACGGUGCUGAAGUCCAGCGACCUCUCGGAGCUGCAGGUCAAAGAGGAGAUGCUGGACCCCAGCUACUUUCAGUCCAUGGUGAACGGCGACAUAUCCCUGGCGGCGCACGCGUUCGAGAAAGGCGGGAUGGAGGUCGGGGAGGCGGAGCUGCAGUACAGGACUGUGAUCAUCGACAGCAGUCAAAGCCAGGGCCUGUGCCCCGCCGGCGAAUCUCUAACCAACGGACAUUGCUCUCAGAGCAGCAGCCCCAGCGAGGGCCUGACCCCCGUGGAAGAGCUGGAGGUGCGCGGGGAAAUGUCCCUGCAGCCCGAGCAGGGAAUCAAAGGCCUGCAGGAGCUGCCCGUGUCUGUUCAGCUGCCCGCAAACUUUAUCCAGAUAAAAACAGAGCCUGCAGAGGCUUAGGGGCUGCAGAACUCUUCCACACAAAGCUGAACCAAAAACAACUGUUGAAUCAAUUUUUUGACCACAGACUUUUUUUUUUUUUUUCUUCUCCAACCACAGUGAUCUCAUCAAAUAUCAGGAGUGAGGGAUCUUGCAGCAUGUGGCUCUCAAAUGUUGGUCAUUCAGGCUCAGGAUUAGUUGUUUACUCACAUAGUUUGUGAACAUGUGUAAUUUAAAAAAAACCAAGGCAGUGAUUAGUUUUUUUUUUCUUUAAAGAAAUUACUACUCAGAUUUUGGAUCAUCGUCUGUAGCCGAACAAUCACGUUCAUGCACAUACCCAGAAUGAAUUCCCUCCUAUGAGAGCAGCCAUUGGAGAAACCCUGGAUCCCUGUCUACCGAAUGUGCCAGUUAGUUAUUUUUUACUGUACAUCUCACCGGACUUAGAUGUUUAAAGAGGAGAAAUCAACAAACCAAAAAAUGGAGACUGAAUGCCAAACAGUGCAAUGGACUGAGACAAUGGAGGAUCAGCACAGGGCAAGUGUGUGUGCGUCCCUCCAACCACAUACAGGUUUCUGCUCCCAUCGAUAAGGGAUGGAUGUCAUGUCAUUUGUGUGUCCAAUCUGAUUUAAAUAUGCACACAGAGUUUAAUUGAAGAGUGCCUUAGGGGAAUUUCAAACAGCUUAAGACUCUGUUGGAAAUACCUGUGCUCAGAAUGAGAACUAAAGUUUUUUUUUUAAUACUCAUUCAAGAACUUAAUAUUCAUUUAUUUUGACAUAUGCACUGUAGGUAUGCUUCCACUCUAUUAGCUAUGGCCUUAAAACACUGUGUUACUAUGGAAAUGGGCAUUUUCUGUUCACCAAGGACAGUGUAACAUCAAAACUGUUUGCAUAGAGCUGCAGACUGGAGGCGCAGCAAGAUAGGGAGGCACAAAUGGAGAGAAGGAAUACGUAACAUAAAACAGAUUUUUAUCAGCCUCUGCCUUGGAGGCUCUAAGGUUGAAAUCAUGUUUAUAUAAAAUGGAAUAUAUAUGAAUUGCUAAAUAUAUAUGUAUACAGAAAAUAUGGGAUUGAGAAUCAAUUUUAAGGCCACAACAAAUUUAUUUAUUUUGUGAAUUCCUAAAUUCUGUAUAAAAAGGCACAUUUGUUUUAUAUUUACGUGUGUAAACCUGAGGGAAAAUACAAAGAAUAUGAACGAUAAUGCCAGGAAGCUUAUUUGGUAUUUCUUUUUUUUUUUUGUAAGAUGGACAUUUUUCAUUUGUAUAGCAUUCCAUAUAACCAGCUUUGGUAUUUUCUUGAUUUCUGGACUCAAGUGUUCAGUGCGUGAUCAUUAUCCCACUGUUAUAUUCUCCAGCUGUGCAUAUCCUCUGUUUGUGUCUGACUUUUAGACAUUUACUGAAUGUGCUCUCUGUUCCAGCUGUUCAGUGGGCAUACCUCUUUACCUUUGUUCAACCGUCACACAGUUAAUGCCUGCAUUCACAAAUAGUAUGUUGUAUGUAUCUUCAUUUUCAGAUUUAUCGAUGCAUACUGUAUGUUUCUGAAAUCUUUUCUCGAGCGUCUUCGUUUGUUUGGGCAAUAUGCUGUUUUUUUAUUUUGUUUUUUCAAGCUCUGAUCUUUCCUCUGUCGGUCUCUGCCUCUCUCUUCUAGUCUGUCCUGGGCUAGGGUCACAUGGGUCUGUGCCAUCCUCAUUAACUGUCCCACUUGAAUAAGAACCUCUCAGGCCAGCCAUCUGAUUGGCUCCCCAGUCCUGUUGGGGGUGAAGCAAUAUUGAUCCGGAGUGAGAUCAUAGAUAAAUUGGAUGUAAUUUCCUGCCAGACUUUUGCAGCCGACUGAAGACAUUCAGACGUACUGAUCUCUGUGCGCAUUCGGUAACUCGCCAGUUAAAGGCUUCCACACAGCUUCACAUCGGCUAAAGGGCUCCACGUCUGCAGACACUCGCAGUGUAUGCUGCUCUCUUCAGAUUACACAUCCUUAAUUUUGACAAUCAGUGAAUAAACUGGGUUAUAUUUCUAAUCAGAUUUAUGAGUCUUUCAGUGGGGAAUUGCUUCUUUUUUCUUCUAAAGGUAUCUUCAUUCUG